GCUGUGCCUACGUCGGCCUCGACUCCCGGGGGCUGGAGGAGUUACCUUUGGAGCCCGAAAGGAGGAAGGAAGCAAAAUAUCAACAACAGCCGAGGCGGCUCGGGCACUCGGCCCCGGUCCCCUUCCUGCCCGCCGCCCGCCUGCCUACCUCCGCGCCCAGGACGGGGGCCCAGGCCCCCAGGCGCCGCCCAGGGCCCGCGCGGACGCCGGCCUCAUUUAUUAUUCCCCGCGCCGGGAGCCGCGGCUUCCCGGUGUUGAAGAUCUCCCGGAGUAGGGGCGAGGGCUCCCCCUCCCAGUCGUGACAUCCCCCCUUUUCCCAGCGUGGCGGGCUCUGGCCUUGGGAGCUCCCCAGCAGGUGGGCUGUUGUUGGUUUGGAGGUAUACUGAGCUGGAUCCCCACUGAUGCCUGCAUCCCCUGGGCUGCCAGCGGCCUCCUUUGUCUGUGUAGGAGGCUCUGGAUUUUCUCUGUGUGUUUCAAGGAGCUGUGUAUAGGGUGCCCUGCAGAUCAUGAACUGAGUGCUGGUGCCAGAACGUUCAUGAGCACAGUGUAAGGUGUGCCGAGACCAUCACCCAGCGACCCCCUCCCUUCCCUUGCACUGAGGAUCCCCAGAGAAGAUGGGGAGGAAAAAGAUUCAGAUCCAGCGAAUCACUGAUGAGCGGAACCGACAGGUGACGUUCACCAAGCGGAAGUUCGGACUAAUGAAGAAGGCCUACGAGCUGAGCGUGCUGUGCGACUGUGAGAUCGCACUCAUCAUCUUCAACCACUCCAACAAGCUGUUCCAGUAUGCCAGCACCGACAUGGACAAGGUGCUGCUCAAGUACACCGAGUACAACGAACCGCACGAGAGCCGGACCAACGCCGACAUCAUCGAGACCCUGAGGAAGAAGGGCUUCAACGGCUGCGACAGCCCCGAGCCUGACGGGGAGGACUCGCUGGAACAGAGCCCCCUGCUGGAGGACAAGUACCGGCGCGCCAGCGAGGAGCUGGACGGGCUCUUCCGGCGCUAUGGGUCAGCUGUCCCAGCCCCCAACUUUGCCAUGCCUGUCACGGUGCCCGUGUCCAAUCAGAGCUCACUGCAGUUCAGCAAUCCCAGCAGCUCCCUGGUCACCCCUUCCUUGGUGACAUCAUCCCUCACGGACCCACGACUCCUGUCCCCCCAGCAGCCAGCACUACAGAGGAACAGUGUGUCUCCUGGCCUGCCCCAGCGGCCAGCCAGUGCAGGGGCCAUGCUGGGGGGAGACCUCAACAGUGCUAAUGGAGCCUGCCCCAGCCCUGUCGGGAAUGGAUACGUCAGUGCUCGGGCUUCCCCUGGCCUCCUCCCCGUGGCCAAUGGUAACAGCCUAAACAAGGUCAUCCCUGCCAAAUCUCCGCCCCCGCCCACCCACAGCGCCCAGCUUGGAGCCCCCAGCCGCAAGCCUGACCUGAGGGUCAUCACUUCCCAGGGAGGAAAGGGGUUAAUGCAUCACUUGACUGAGGACCAUUUAGAUCUGAACAAUGCCCAGCGCCUUGGGGUCUCCCAGUCUACCCACUCACUUACCACCCCAGUGGUUUCCGUGGCAACACCAAGUUUACUCAGCCAGGGCCUCCCCUUUUCUUCCAUGCCCACUGCCUACAACACAGAUUACCAGUUGACCAGCGCAGAGCUCUCCUCCUUACCAGCCUUCAGUUCUCCUGGGGGGCUGUCGCUAGGCAACGUCACCGCCUGGCAGCAGCCGCAACAGCCCCAGCAGCCACCACAGCCGCAGCCUCCGCAGCCCCAGCCGCAGCCGCAGCCCCAGCCGCCCCAGCAGCCGCAACAGCCACCUCAGCAGCAGCCCCACCUGGUCCCCGUGUCUCUCAGCAACCUAAUCCCGGGCAGCCCCCUGCCCCAUGUAGGUGCCGCCCUCACGGUCACCACCCACCCCCACAUCAGCAUCAAGUCGGAACCGGUGUCCCCAAGCCGGGAGCGCAGUCCCGCGCCUCCCCCUCCAGCUGUGUUUCCAGCUACCCGCCCUGAACCCGGCGAUGGUCUCAGCAGCCCUGCUGGAGGCUCCUAUGAGACGGGGGACCGGGACGACGGACGGGGGGACUUCGGGCCCACGCUGGGCCUGCUGCGUCCAGCCCCAGAGCCCGAGGCUGAGGGCUCUGCUGUGAAGAGGAUGCGGCUGGAUACCUGGACAUUAAAGUGACGAUUCCCACUCCCCUCCUCUCAGCCUCCCUGAUGAAGAGUUGACAAUCUCACCGCCCACCCCUCCCUGUCCUGGCCUCUUCCCGCUCGACCCCCACUUCCUUUCUUGUGCUCCGUGUCCUGUUGACGGUUACAUUUGUGUAUAAUUAUUAUUAUAUUAUUAUUAUUAUUAUAUUUUUUUUAAUUUGGAUUCUCGCUUUGGAGAGGGGAUGCUUCCAUCCCCUCUUUCUGCACCCCCACCAUUUUCACUGGCUGGGGGGAGCUCUUUUUUGCGGGAAGGGGGGGACACUUUGCACGUUGUACACAUAUGCUGCAGGAGGGGGUGGGCCCAGUAGGCCUUUGGGAAAGGACAGGUGUGGAGCCCUGCAUGCGGAGCCCUCCCACCCGUCCCCCAGACGGAGGGACAUAACCAAAAACCUACCAAACGACGAAACCCCUUACAAUAGACUGAAACCCCGAAGUCAGCCUGAUGGGUGGGUUCGUGUUUCCGGGGGAAACACGAGGUCCUGGAAGGGAUCUCUGCUUCCGGACUGUUCCUUUGGCCACAGGCAUAUGGGGCAGAAUACCCAAGUCUGGGCCCCCAAUGCCCCUGCAUACACACAACACACUCUUGCUGAUUCUUGUGUGAACUGCACCCUCAAGGUGUAGAGGUGCUGGCCAGGCUUUGGGGCUGGGGAGACUGCCUGGGAAUCUGAGGCUGGGGGGGAGGGUAUGGGAUGGAGGCUCCUGAAGCACAUUUGGAGAGAAAGACAGAGCCAUGAGGAAAGGGCUGAGGGAGGCAGAGGGCUGGGGCAAGGGGUAAGUGGGGCCUCCUCCCUUCCCCAGCGUUUCCUUUAAGAUAUACAGUGCAAUAGCUCCCGGCCCCUCAGUUGGCCUCAGCCCUACAAUGCUGGCCGCACAGUACAGGGAGAAUUGGGGAGAGGACUCUAGUGGGGUGGCUUAGCAGGAGACGCCCUGGGCCCCUGGUUUCCAAGGACUGUACCUUUCAUCUAGGGGCAGAGUGUGAGUGAGGGGGUUUCUCUUCCUUGCACGCACACAUCCCAGAGAGCAGAAGUGGGCGGGAGAAGGGGCAGGACGGAAGAGGGCUGCAGGAGGCCUGCCUCCCUCCACCCUCCUGGCUCCUCCCCAGCCCUCCCCCCAGCUCCUUCCACGCGGGCCCACCUCUGCUCUUGGCGCCCUCAUUGUCUCGCUACCUCCUGUCCCACUACCCUAGGCCGCAUCCCACCUUCCCUCUUGGCUACUGUAAUUGUAAAUAGCAACCUUUGGAAACGUUAGCAGUGUAACAGUCCAGGAAACUGUUUUUUUUUUUGUUGUUGUUGUUGUAUUGAUAUGAAAUGAGAUUCUAUUUUUGUCAAAGUAUAUUGUAAUAAUAAUGACUCAAACGGCCCGUACUGUACAGACAAGAUUCUUCUGCUGUUGUUCUUGCUCCCCUUCCCCGAGUCUGCCCCUCUCUGCUGCCUCCCACAUGGGGUGGCCGAAUCAUGGGGUCCUGAGGCCUCGGGUGGAUCACAGAUCAAACUGCAGCUGGCAGGCCUCUGUCCUGCUCUCCACCACCACCGCCAUCCCGCCCUGAGGGACCUGACCUGGGGCAGACAGGGGUCCCCAGCUCCUUCACAUAGGCCCAACUCCUCUGCCCAAGGGUCAUCACUCCCUUGGGGUUUCCUCCCUGUGGGAAAGCAGAGUUAGGCCCAGUUUCAAGAUAGCUGACUGUCAUUGCCGACCUCUGUGACCCAGCCACUUGCAGUAUUUCAACACUUGAUGCAGGGAAGGAGCCAGAAACUGGAGUGUGUGUGACCACAUGUGCACCUGAGAGCGUUCACGAAGGCAUCUGGUGUUCAUGUGUCCGAGUGUGCCGUGGAAAGAGAGAGAGAGAGUGUGUGUGUGGUUGCACAGGUGUACCAUUGUGUCUGAGCCUGGCCGGGCAUCUGGGUGAUUCUGCAUGAGCCCUGCAGUGUGGGGGGGUGUGUGUGCCUGCUUGUGCACACGAGGGGCAGGUGGCUCCUGCCAGGCCGUAGAGCCCUGGCUUCCAGCUCCAUGGCCUCUCUGAGCCCCGCCCUCUUCCUUUCUGCUACUUCACCUGUUGUCAUCCACUCAGAUAUGUCUGUACCACCAUUAGGGGUCUGGCAAUUGACCCUCGUUGCUUCUCCCUAUAGCCCUACCUCUUCUGGGGCUCCUCACGCAAGUGUCCUCCCAGCCCCUCACCCUUACAUACAGCUCCUUCCCCAAAGUAGCCUUUUUCCCUUCCCCCAGUCCUGCUUUAGACUUGAAACUCAAGUUGUUCUUCCCUAAAGCUCUUGCCCUCUAGGGCAGUAGUCUUUCCUCACAGCUACCCUCACCUACUGACUGGGUGUACACACGCCAGUCCUCCCACUUCUCCUGCAGUUUCCUAGAGGGAGUUUCAGGAAUCCAUGAGACUUGAUCAGGGCCUUAAAGGAAGCCACAGUGUGGUCUUUGCAUGCAUGCAUCGCUUGUCCAAUGCCUGGCACAUCGUUGAUGCUCAGUAAAUGCUGAACGGGUGACUGGUUGAAUGACAGGUGCUCAAUAAACAUGGAAGACUGGCCUUCCCUCCUCAGGCUGUUCCCACCAUCCGUCUGCCCACCUUUUUAGAUUGGGAGUGGCCACCAUUAAACACAAGGUGGGGGUGAGGGCCCCUGCAGUUCAUGGUGCAAUAUUCACCAGUUUUGCCCUCUGCCUUGUAAUGGCAAACCUGGCUUUUGAUUUCCACGUGUGGAUGUGUGUGUCCUUCUCUAUUCCCGGGGGCAGGGAAGUGGUCUGUGAAUGAAUAUGUGACAUUUCUGCAGUUCAGUACCCCAAGGUUUCUCCUGGAGGUUGGGGCUCCUGGCCAGCCAGAUGAAUGGGUCCCUGGGAACCCAGACCUCAAGUAGGGAGUUCAUUUCUUCUUUCUCUCACAAGCCAAAUUUGCCUCCACCCACUCCUUCCUCCGAAGAACUGGGCACUUGCCAAAGUAAUCACUGGAGUCAUCCAAUGCUCCUCCUCCCCUCCCCAGGUUUCCCACGGCUUUCAGGGACAGUGGGCAAGAGGACCUUCCCCACCCCAAAGGAACACACCAUUUCCCCUACCCACAUGAGUGCACUCAAUGCAGCGAGACUGACCCCUGACCCUUACCCAGCCCUCCCCACCUCGGACAGGAAGGAAGUAAUGCACCUUCUCUUGCUGAUUAUUUAUUUGUUUGGAGAGACAGAAAUGAUGUAAAAGUGUAUCUAGAAAUAUCUAUAUCUAUAUAUUUUUAACUGACUCUUUGGAAUCCCAUGGGGUGGGAUGGGGUGGGGGUGAGUUCAGGCUUUCAUAGCGAGGAGGAGACAUGGAGCCUGGGAACUCCUGUCUCCCCUCUGCCACCUCCUGCCACCCCUAAGCACUUGGUAGAAGGAAUGGGAUUUGUAUGGGGGGAGGGGGGCUAGAAUGUUAUAUGGAGAAUCUGGAUUCUCUCUGUCUUUCCCCAUUUCCCCUUUCAGGUGGGGGUGGGGGGAGAGUAAAGGGGGGGACAGGCCGUGGAGGUGUCCCACCCCCAAACCUGACAAUCACCCACACUCCUGGGGCUCCUCCUGGGUCCUGGGCAGGGCGAGUCCAAGUGUGUGGCUGUUGAUUUGUUUUCGAUAUUUCUUUUCGUGCUGUAUGGUGAUGCUUUCUUAGUAUUCUACACAAUAAGAACAGACAAAAAGUCCUCGAGAUUCUUAUGAGUUUUGUUUGAAAACUCUUUCACUAUAUUUGUUGUAAAGAGGUUUAUUAUU